AUGGAGAGCACCCUUUGCUGUGAGCCCAGGCUCUCUGCUAUGGAUACCAGCAGGGGACUCUUAUUUCUCCUUCUCUACAUUUUAAUAGGCAUCCCUCAGACUUUCCAGCAAGUGCUAAGGAUCGGAGGAAUAUUUGAAACUGUGGAAAAUGAACCUGUUAAUGUUGAAGAAUUAGCUUUCAAGUUUGCAGUCACCAACAUUAACAGAAACAGAACACUGAUGCCUAAUACCACAUUAACCUAUGACAUCCAGAGAAUUAACCUCUUUGAUAGUUUUGAAGCUUCAAGACGAGUUUUUCUUGUUAAUUUGCCUUUCAAAUAUCAUUUCUGGACUCAUGCAUACGACAUAGGUCCUGGUCUCAUUCGCCUGCAAGAGCUCAUCAAAGCCCCUUCUAGAUAUAACAUUAAAAUCAAAAUCCGUCAGUUGCCCUCUGGGAAUAAAGAUGCCAGGCCUUUACUCAAGGAGAUGAAGAAAGGCAAGGAGUUCUAUGUGAUAUUUGAUUGCUCACAUGAAACAGCAGCAGAAAUCCUUAAACAGAUUCUUUCCAUGGGAAUGAUGACCGAAUACUAUCACUACUUUUUUACAACACUGGAUCUAUUUGCAUUAGAUCUGGAACCCUACAGAUACAGUGGAGUAAACAUGACCGGGUUUCGCCUGCUCAACAUUGACAAUCCACAGGUUACAUCAGUUAUUGAAAAGUGGUCGAUGGAACGGCUGCAGGCACCGCCCAAACCAGAAACUGGCCUCCUGGAUGGCAUGAUGACAACUGAAGCAGCUCUGAUGUAUGAUGCUGUUUACAUGGUAGCAGUGGCCUCCCAGCGUGCCUCCCAAAUGACUGUCAGCUCCCUGCAGUGCCACAGACACAAGCCAUGGCGUUUUGGACCCAGAUUUAUGAAUCUGAUAAAAGAGGCACGGUGGGAUGGUUUGACAGGGCGCAUUACCUUCAACAAAACAGAUGGCUUAAGAAAGGAUUUUGAUUUGGACAUUAUUAGUCUCAAGGAGGAAGGAACAGAAAAGAUUGGGGUUUGGAACUCAAAUAGUGGCCUUAAUAUGACUGACAGCAAUAAAGACAGAUCUACCAAUAUCACCGAUUCACUGGCUAACCGAACACUCAUAGUCACUACCAUUUUGGAAGAUCCCUAUGUUAUGUACAAAAAGUCUGAUAAGCCCUUGUAUGGAAAUGACAGAUUCGAAGGAUAUUGCCUGGAUUUGUUGAAGGAACUGUCAAAUAUUUUAGGCUUCAUCUAUGAGGUCAAACUAGUUUCUGAUGGUAAAUAUGGAGCCCAGAAUGACAAAGGAGAGUGGAAUGGGAUGGUCAAAGAACUCAUAGAUCAUAAAGCCGAUCUGGCGGUUGCUCCUCUCACUAUCACCUACGUAAGGGAGAAAGUAAUCGACUUUUCAAAACCCUUCAUGACGCUGGGGAUCAGUAUUUUGUACCGGAAACCCAAUGGCACAAAUCCUGGUGUUUUCUCCUUUCUCAACCCUCUUUCUCCUGAUAUUUGGAUGUAUGUCCUCCUAGCCUGCCUUGGAGUCAGUUGUGUACUCUUUGUAAUUGCAAGGUUUACACCCUAUGAGUGGUAUAACCCCCACCCGUGCAACCCUGACUCAGAUGUGGUGGAAAACAAUUUUACUUUACUAAAUAGUUUCUGGUUUGGAGUUGGAGCUCUCAUGCAGCAAGGAUCAGAGCUGAUGCCCAAAGCUCUUUCUACCAGAAUAGUUGGAGGAAUAUGGUGGUUUUUCACCUUAAUCAUAAUCUCAUCCUACACUGCCAACUUGGCUGCCUUCCUGACAGUUGAGAGAAUGGAAUCCCCCAUCGAUUCAGCAGAUGAUUUGGCAAAGCAAACCAAGAUAGAAUAUGGGGCUGUUAGAGAUGGAUCAACAAUGACCUUCUUCAAGAAAUCCAAAAUAUCAACAUAUGAAAAAAUGUGGGCAUUCAUGAGCAGCAGGCAGCAGACUGCACUGGUGAAGAACAAUGAUGAAGGAAUCCAGCGGGUGCUCACAACGGACUAUGCCCUGCUGAUGGAAUCAACCAGCAUAGAAUAUGUGACUCAGAGAAACUGCAAUCUCACGCAGAUCGGCGGACUCAUUGAUUCUAAAGGCUAUGGCGUGGGAACUCCUAUUGGGUCUCCUUAUAGAGACAAAAUUACCAUUGCCAUUCUCCAGCUACAAGAGGAGGGGAAACUGCACAUGAUGAAAGAAAAGUGGUGGCGGGGUAAUGGGUGCCCUGAGGAGGACAGCAAAGAGGCCAGUGCUCUGGGGGUUGAGAAUAUUGGGGGCAUCUUUAUAGUGCUUGCUGCCGGACUUGUUCUUUCAGUGUUUGUAGCCAUUGGAGAAUUUAUAUAUAAAUCCAGGAAAAACAGCGAUAUUGAACAGUGUCUUUCUUUUAAUGCUAUAAUGGAGGAGCUCGGGAUUUCACUCAAGCAUCAGAAGAAGUUAAAGAAAAGGUCAAGAACUAAAGGGAGAUCAUCGUUCACAAGUAUACUUACUUGUCAUCAGAGGCGGACACUGAGGAAAGAAACCAUGGCUUAAACAAAAACAAAAAAAAACCCUCUUGGGAAACAUCAGGAAUAAAAAACAAAACAAAAAACUUUGCUGCCUACAAAAUUGACUAUGAAGGAAUUUCUGAAAAUAGACAUUUAACUUGUUCUUCAGAAAUUGUGUGGGGUUUCUUUUUAUCUAGGGAAGGUAUAGCAGUUUAAAUGCUCACAUAGACUGAUAUAUAACUAAUUGGAAAAGCGUCUCACCAUAUCUUUUGAAA